ACAAGGUCAAAGUUUACACGUGCAACGUCACGAUAGGAACACAAUUGGAACGUCAGCUUCCAGAGAAAACAUAUAUUUCUGCGUAAAAUGUGCUUGAUUUAACGUUUAAUUCAGCGGUUUUAAUUAAACAGGAUACAAUGCAGAUGCUUUGAAUGCAUAUCGAGACGUACAGUAGUAGUUGGUCAUGUUUUAAACUUUGAGUUACGAAUUUGCAGCGGAGCAAGUGAGCUAACGUUUGCGAGUUUGCGAGACAUGGAUCCGCUAGACAUAGUAACGGACGAAGUGGCGUUGGAGGGACUGGACGGGGUUACUAUCCUCUCUCUGUGGAUUCGGUUGGAAAAGAGGAACCCCGCUUUCCCACGGAAUCUAGACCCGUGUACUAAAGAGUUCAUUUGGAAAUCCUUGGUCUCGAACCACGAAGUCGACUUCUACGAGCUGCCGCAAGAGAGAGCGGAUGUCGUGCUCGUCGACCGAUUUGCAGACAUAGAUCCAGACACGGGGAUUCAGGAAGCAUCCCACUGGGACAGAGUGGACUCCUACCCUGUCCAGAUCUUAUUGGAGGAUAAGAGUGGAAUCCAGGGCUCGUGUGUCUUCUUCAAGGAGAGGAGAAACGUCACCCCAAUCAUCCGCACCACCAAACUGACGCCAUGUGUAACGUUAGAGGACGCCUUCAAAAGGUGGGGGAGGAAGCUGGUAAUGGUGGCCUCCCAGAGGUUAAGGUUCAGGGUGUUAAUAGGUGACGGAGGAGACCCGGACUUGAAGCUGACUGACCACUCAUACUGUAUCCUGGAGAGGGUGGGGAGGGCCCGCUGGCAGGGAGAGCUACAGAGAGACCUGCACUCCUGCUCAUUCAAGACGGACGCGAGGAAGAUGCACUACUUGAGGAAGUCUCUGACACAGAAUGAUCUGAUCACCAUGCAGUCUCAUGUCCUCAGACUGGCCAGCGGAGCACAGCAACACUCCAUACUGCUCCUGCUCAAACGCUUCCAUGUAGACCGGCGUAGUAAGUAUGAUAUCCUGAUGGAGUUGACCUCUAACCUCCUGUCAGAGGCGCCCAACCACACAGCCUCCAUGAUCACACUACGAGACCAACUGAGUAUCAGUGAGAGGACCUUCAAGCGUAUGUAUCAGUACAUGCAAGCAGCCAAACUGGUCCAAGUGGUCAUUAAACCAGUUGAACACCUCAACCCUACAGUAGGCCCCUGUGAUACCAGGAGAGGCACCAAGGUGGUGGCUCGUUGUCUGAAGCUAAUCAAACCCUACGUGAGGAAGGAGGUGGUCGAAGCUGAGGAUGACGAUGAUAACGACGAUGAUGAUGGGGGAGGAGCAAAUAGGAAGACCGUCCCCACAGAGGGGCGGAUCAUGGAGAGAGACUUACUCUCACAGGCCUAUGGGAUCAUCGUGUCCUGCGGGACCAAGGGCAUCUCUCAGAGUGCGUUGCGUGCGAGGAUGUGCAUCGGCAAGCUGGAGUCUCGUAUGAUCUGCCGACUGCUGGAGAGGACAGACAUGAUCAAGGGUUUCAUGGAAGACGAGGGUCGUCAGAGGACCACUAAGUACCUCGGCCAUCUGCACGUUGACGAGUCCGAUCUGCUUCGACAUCUGGUGAAAGAGCAGGAGCGAUCAGACCGGCUUCGCACUGUAGGGGGAGGAGGGGAAGGAGACGGGGCCCCCCAAACCCCAGCACAGGCCACCCUAAAAACACCAGCUACCACAAAGACUCGGCCUACACCAAAAACACCAUCGCUUCUGGAACCUCUGGGAAACACUGAGGGAGAGGAGGAGAGAGAGAGGGAUGAGGAAGACGAAGACUGGGAAGUCGAGAAGAAAGGGAAGAAGAAGGGAGCGAAGAAGAAAAAUGCAAAAAAAAAGAAAGUGGGCAAGAUGUCUCUCCUGAAGCAGUCCAAACUCCACUUCCUGGUAGCUCAUCACUCUGCACCCAUCACGAGUGGAGCCAAUCAGGAGCCAGAGCUGGAAUCUUGGCUCAGCCCAGUUGAGGAGGAGGAGUCAAAAUUCGGUCCUGACGUUUCAUUGGACCAGACCAGUAUGUUCGCAGGCAACAGCCAAGCGGAGGACAGCGUCACGGUCAUCGAGGACAUCCCCAGUCAGAAGGAGCACCACCGCCAGACGUACCGCCUGCUGAAGAGGAAGAACGUGAUUGUGGAAGCUGUUCAGAGCCUCAAGAUCAUAGAGGGCCUCUUCACAAUCCAGAGGUUGGUUCAGGAUGAGGAGAAGCUAGAUGGUGUAAACACUAAGUGUUGUAAGAAGUCUAUCCUGCGUCUCAUCAGAUCUCUGUCUAAAGAGGGAAUGCUCAAACUGUUCAGAACCACUGUUAUACAGGACGGAGUCAGCAAGAAGGUGGAGUUUAUAGUCCACCCCUCUGUCUCUCCUCGUGAUGCUUUAGUGAAGUCGGCUAUAGAACAGGUCCGCUUCCGCAUCUCCAGCUCCUAUCCUGCUGCACGUAAUGAAAUGCAGGAAGAGGAGAAGGCGAAGGAGAGAGAGAGGAGGAGUGUGGGAAAUGAGGUCCCUGCUGAACCCCAGAAUAUGAGAACAGAGGACAAGAUGGGAGACAAAGACAAACAACUGAAGAACUUCAAACCUUCUAUAGUCCCAGGUCUCAGCAGGUCUUUGGGGUACCAGCCUAAGAUGCCUCGUCUGAGACUGACACACACCUUCUUGUGGUAUCUGGUCUACGGACACCCCCUGAGACACCCCUCUACCCCCACUCCCCCUGACCCCCACAACACCUCCAGCUCUAUCGUCCUCCCCACUGAUAACCCUGGUGUCCAGACUACCUACCCCACCACCCCCAGUAACCCCUCACAACCCCAAACUACACACCCUGACGACUCCCAUCCUUCUAGCUCUGAACACACAGACCUUACCACCCCAACCCCCCGAAACACAGACUCCCCAAUCUCCAGAACUCAGACCUCCCCACCUCAACCCCCCGAAACACAGACUCCCCCAAUCUCCAGAACUCAGACCUCCCCACCUCAACCCCCCGAAACACAGACUCCCCCAAUCCCCAGUACUCGUGCCUCCCCACCUCAACCCCCCCCAAACACAGACUCCCAUCCCCAGAACUCAGACCUCCCCACCUCAACCCCCACAAACACAGACUCCCCCAAUCCCCAGAACUCAGACCUCCCCACCUCAACCCCCCGAAACACAGACUCCCCCAAUCCCCAGAACUCAGACCUCCCCACCUCAACCCCGAAACACAGACUCCCCAAUCCCCAGAACUCAGACCUCCCCACCUCAACCCCUCGAAACACAGACUCCCCCAAUCCCCAGUACUCGGACCUCCCCGACACCCAGAGCCCACCCACUGACAACGCUGCAGUAAGCAACCCCGCCUCCACAGAGGGACAGCCAGGCCUGACCCCUGACCCGGAUGUGAUGUCAUCGUUGGCGGAGGAAAGGCAGGACGUGAUCAAUCUGACAGAUGUCGGACACGACCCUGACAUGAAAGUCUAUGUAGAUGAGGUGUCUUGGAGGAGGUUCAUCCCCCCGGCUCCGAUCCACAGAGAGUUUGGUUCAGGCUGGGCCCUGACUUCUGAUGUUGUUCUCUGUCUGCCUCUCUCCAUCUACAUUCAGAUUAUACAGAUAUCCUUCAAGGUGGAUGGUUUGGAGGAGUAUCUGAACGACCCAGUGAAGCAGCACUACCUCAUCAGGUUCCUGCCUUCUAGGAUGAAGACCCAACUACUGCACAAACGGAAGUACAUCUUUAGUUUCCAUGACAGCAUGCAGCGUCUGAUUUUCAUGGGUCUGCUGCAGUUUGGCCCGGUGGAGAAGUUCCAAGACAAAGACCAGGUGUACCUGUAUGUGAAGCGUAACUGUAUGAUAGUAGACACUACUAUGUGUGAGCCCCACUAUAACCUGGUGUUGGAGACGAGGGUGUUUGAGAGACGCAGAUACACCCUGAACACCCUGACAGACGUAGAUAACUACUGGUUUGACCUGAUGUGUGUCUGCCUCAACACACCACUUGGCGUGAUCAGGAAGGAGCGUCCGAAGAGAAGCUCUGCCUCCAAAUCCCAGUCGGGGCCAGUCGGGGUUCCCGUGGAAACAGACCGCCACAAGUUCCGUCACCUGGAUCACAUGCUCAAGGGCAGCAGGGAGGUGUGUUACACAGCAGUAAUACCAGGGGACGGUAAAGGAGCAGGAGGUCUGGACUCUGAGUUCUUCGGACACCUCAAACGCAACUGGAUUUGGACCUGUCAUCUGAUGAGAACCAAGAGGAGCAACAACCAGUACGAGUCCAGUAACACCGUGAGACUGAAUAGUCUACUGAACAAACAUGUGACCAUGGAUAUAGGCCCCAAGUUCCCCUGGCCCCAGUCCUCUAAGCAGGCGGUCCCAGCAGGGUUGAGGUUGGAGGAGGUCCACAUCUCCACUGAGCCGUCCAGUCGGAACCGGCUGGUUAAAGGAGGGAAGAAGCAGAAGAGGAAGAGAACCAUUAAACUGAAAAAACAGGCCAAAACACCACAGAAGAAGAAGAAAGUCGAGGUUAGAAAGCGGCCCCCAGUCCAUGAUGCAGCAGACCACAAAGCUCUGAUGAUGAUGACCAGACAGAGAGUAACAUGGAGCGUCAGCGAGGACUCUGUACUCAUCCUCUGUAGAGUCGCUUCUCACUUCCUGAACCGCAAGCUCCGCAGGCCCUUCGUCCCGUGGUGUGUAGUGAGGGAUCUGCUCCACGCAGAGUUUGAAGAGUCUCUGGAUAAAACCUCUCCGUCUGUUGGACGGCGAUCACGUUACAUCCUGAAGAACCCACAGACAUACCUCAACUACAAGAUCUGUCUGGCGGAGGUGUACCAGGACAAGCCUCUGAUAGCGAAACUACAGGGAAGGAAACACGACCCCAACGACCCCAAGGAAUGUUCUACAGUGUUCCGGGAGUUUGUGUCGUUACUCAGACAGAAGUUCAGCUCCGCCUCCGGGUCGUGUGAUGUCACCAUCCCUGACACCAAGACACAGCUGUUCUCACGGUUCAAGGUGUACACCCUGGAGGACAUGUCAGAUGAGAAGACCAAGGACUCUCUCAACAGUAUUGAGGACAUCCACUCCCUGGUGUUGAAUAAUCUGAUCCAGAGUACAUUGGCCAUGUCCAACUCUCAGAUGAAAUGCUGCCGAUCCUUCCAGACCUUCCAUACCUACAGUAGGUACCGUCAGGAGGUUCUGUGUCAGGUGUUUGUCCAGUGCAGGAAGAAGGGAUUGGUCAACAGGCGAAGGAUCAGUCAACUGUGUGGCCCCAAUAAGAACCGUGCUCUACCCAUCCUGCCCAUGUCUUACCAACUGUCUCAAAGCUACUACAGGUGUUUUACUUGGCGUCUGCCCACGGGUCUGUGUACAGAGGUGUUUGACUUCAUGCAGGCCUUGAGUGAGAACGGGACUGGAGACAACCACCCUUCCACGGUCUUCAUACACGAAGGGAAGGAGAAGAGGGAGAGCAUGGAGAGAGGGGAGGUGGGCAUGGAGAGAGGGGCGGUGGGCACGGAGAGAGGGGAGGUGGGCACGGAGAGAGGGGAGGUGGGCACGGAGAGAGGGGAGGUGGGCAUGGAGAAAGAGAGAGGGGAGGAGAGAAGUGAGAAGAAUAUGGAUAAGGAAAGAGGGGAGGAGGAGAGAGAAAAAGAGAAAGAUGAAGAUAUGGAGACAGAAGACAGAGGGAAGAACACAGAGAACGAGGAGGAGAACGAGGACAACGCGGCCCACAACCAAGCGGAAGAACAGGUCUCGUCUUUUACCGUCCAUGGAGUUGAGUCUACCUCCGGGGACCCUGCCUCCUGUCCCCUCACCCAGACGGAGGAGCCGGAGUCGGGGACAGCACCCGGCCUUGACCCCUCUCUCCCUCUGGAUCUCACGGAGAUGUUGCAGUUCUCCCUGGAGUCCCCGGGGGGCGCCACUCUGGCCUGUCUCAGUCUGAUGACUCUGGGUCUGUUGUCAGUCCACGUCUCCAUACCUGAACACAUAGUGGUGUUGGACAGCACCAUGGUAGACAAUGAGGUGGUUAAGAGUAUCUCAGUGCUGGCUGAGGAUGAUGAUGAUGAAGAGGAGAACGAGGGGCGGAGUCGGAUCGAGGUGAGGGCUCACAAGGCGUCCCACACCAAGUACCUGAUGAUGCGUGGAUACUGCGUUCCCGGGAUCGUCAACCUCCGAAACCUCAACACCAACGAUAGUAUCGUGGUGGAAUCGUGCACCAUGAGACUACAUCUACGACACACACCUGUACACACACUGUUUACUACCCAGGACUCUCCUCCCAUAGACUUCUCCAGACACGGUCCCUCUCUCCUCCCCUCUUUACUCUCCCAUUCCCUCAGAGCCCAUCCCUCCUCCUCCUCCUCUCCCUCCUCCUCCCCCCUCCCCUUCUACCCCUCCUCCUCCGUAGAGGUGUGUGAGGGGCGUCUGGUGACUCAGAGAGGGUAUAGCCCAGAGGACAUUGGUGCUGUGGCAGAGCUCAGAGCAACGCUGGAGAGACACGGAGCCUUCGGAUUGGACAGGCGGGACCUGGUGACAUCACACACACACCUGGCCGACCCGAGAGACGGACGGACCAGAGGUCUGCAGCGGUACAUACAGGACUUGCUGGAGGAAGAGCUGGUGUUGGAGGUGGGAGGGAGCUCAGUGCGUCUGGUGUUACUGAGUCACGCUGAGCCCUGGCUACUGACCUCCACAGAGAGGCAGAGAGACCGGCCACACCAAGCCCAGCGAGGAGCCUCUGCCUUUGGGGACAGAAAGCACCACAACCCCCUCCUCCGCAAGAGAAGAAUGGUGGCCCCCAGAGAGCAGGAACCACGUAGUAAGAGAGGGAGAAGAGAAACGCUGAUGGAGGAAGAGGAGGUUGAGAAGAGGGAGGAGACACCGGAGGAGGAGGAGGAGAAGAGGGAGGAGACACCGGAGGAGGAGAAGGAGAAGAUGCAGCCUGAAGAGAAAGACAGGAACGAGACUGCAGAGGAGAGAUGGAUGAAGAGAAGAGAGGAGGAGGAAGGGAAAGAAGAAGAGAGGGUACAAGAGGAACCAUCAUCUACCAUUGAGACAGAACAGAGCACAGUGGGCGACGGCGAGAAGCCAUUUUCAUCUCUAGCUGAGGAAGAGGAUGGUGAAGCUAGCGGUCUGCGUGAGGAAGAGGAUGGUGAAGCUAGCGGUCUGCCCGAGGAAGAGGAUGGUGAAGCUAGCGGUCUGCGUGAGGAAGAGGAUGGUGAAGCUAGCGGUCUGCCCGAGGAAGAGGAUGGUGAAGCUAGCGGUCUGCCCGAGGAAGAGGAUGGUGAAGCUAGCGGUCUGUGCGAGGAAGAGGACGACAGCGGCGGCGUGUGUGACGUGUCGUUUGUCAGUCGUCCGUGGCGUAUCGUGGACGGCAGUCUGAACAGGCCGGUGUGUAAAGGCAUGCUGGACGCUGUCCUCUACCACAUCAUGACCCGGCCUGGUUUACCAGAACACGUCUUACUGGAACACUACAGAGGGGUCUUGCAGCCAGUGGUGGUACUGGACCUCAUGCAGGCCCUCGUUGAGUUGGGCUGUAUCAAGAAGAAGUACAUGACCAGACGUCCCAAACCCUCCCUCUUCUCCCGCCCAGCCGCCGUCCUCAUGGUGGGGGAGGAGAGAGAGGGAGAGAUGGGGGUGAGGCUGGAGGAGACGGGGGUGAGGCUGGAGGAGACGGGGGUGAGGCUGGAGGAGACGGGGGUGAGGCUGGAGGAGACGGGGGUGAGGCUGGAGGAGACGGGGGUGAGGCUGGCUGAGACGACCACUGUGUUCUAUGAGCCGACCAUCGACUGCUGUCUGCGUCUAGGACAGGUUUUACCCCAUGAAAACAACUGGAACCAGUGGGUCCAGUUCGCACAACAUGAGAACAAACAGUAAGGACUGGAGUUAAAACUGAUCUGGGUGCUAAUUCUUUAGUACCACGCUGUAGUGAAACAUUUUUAGGCCAUAGACAUAACGUUGUGCAACUGAAAAUGUUUUGCAACAAAAAAAAAAAAGUUUUUGAAAGUAUUGUGAAAAAUGAAAGUUAGUCCCUGUCCGUUUCGUUCCGUAUGAUUCUGUUUGGUUCCAUUGAGGUGUUAGUGGAUACACACCAGGACUGCUAGGGGACGGGAGUUUUACUUGAUCAUGAUUAAUAGGCCCAGGAGUUAAAACAACAAGUUUCUUCACAGUGGUUAACCCAAAGGUCUUUAGUUCUGACUCUUACCGGACAGCAAGAUUAGAUUUUAGCUAUAAAAAAAAAUGCUGUUUAGUUUCAGUUGUAGUGACACAGAUCUCUGGGAAUUAGUUUCACAUCUUAGAUGUCCUUUCAGGGGAAAACCUGGUUUUCAUUUCAGUUUUGUUAUUGUUUUCUUGAAAGUGUGAUUUAAUAAAAAUUCAAAUCGUGAAA